UUCAUUUUUUAGCCAGGCCAUGCCACUCCAAGCUUUUGAUCUCUUGAGGGGAGAGAGAUCUGCAAGCAAUAAGCUCCCUAGCUAUGGCAAACUCAGAGGCCGGAACGAGUAGUGAUGUUGCUCGAGCAUUAGGAGGUGAGUACCAAGUGUUCCUGAAUUUUAGAGGACCCGACACUCGUCAUGGAUUUACGGACUUCCUUUACCAUGGGUUGGUAGAUGCUGGAAUCCGCGUAUUCAGGGACGAAGAUGAACUCCGCUUCGGCAAAGUGAUUGGUGGGAGCCUUCUACGUGCUAUCAACAACUCCAUAAUCUACAUACCCAUAUUCUCUAGGAAUUAUGCUUCCAGUAAAUGGUGCCUCCAUGAGCUUGCGCACAUAAUAGACAACGUGUCUAAGUCAGAAGGCAAAAAAAGUGUCUUUCCCAUUUUUUUCGAUGUAGAACCGGAGGACGUUAAGCUUAAGACUCCACGAUAUAGCGAUGCUUUACUGGAACACGAGAACAAGUUUCCCGAUGAAAUCAAGGUGUGGAGAAAAGCUCUUGCAGAAGUUGAUGAAAUUAAGGGAUGGAACGUGAAAAAAGAUCAAAGCCAAGCAAAGCUUGUCGAAUCAGUUGUUCAAAAGGUAUUGGAGAAGCUGGAGACAAGACAAAAAUUAUUGCCUCAAAAUUUAGUUGGUCUUGAUGAUCGGAUAAGACACUUGACAGAGUUGUUAGAUGUCAACCAUCGUGAUGUGCGGCUCAUUGCAAUAUAUGGAAUGGGUGGGAUUGGAAAAACAACCGUGGCCAAGGUCGUCUUCAAUCGACUAUCUUCCCACUUUGGAAAGUGUUGUAGCUUCCUUGACGAUGUUCGAGAAAACUCGGCAACCAAGGAGGGCAUAGUCAAGUUGCAAAAUAAAUUACUAUCUGACAUUGUUGGUUCCGAAUCCGCAGGAGUCGAGGAUAGUGAACAUGGAAUGCGGAGGAUUGGAGACACAUUCAGAAUUAAAAAAGUCCUUGUUGUUUUGGAUGAUAUUGAUAAAAAAGAGCACAUUGAGAAACUAAUAGGAAAUUCUUCAUUACAUUCGGGAUCUAGGAUAAUCAUUACAAUGAGAAACAUAGCUAUUUUGCAAGUUGAGGGAUUUAAAGGCGAACUUUUGUGCUAUGAAAUGCUAAAGAUGGAUGAUGACUAUGCACUUCAGCUUUUUUGUCGUCAUGCCUUUGGUCGAGGCUUUCCUUCGAAUGAUUAUCAAGGGCUUUCAAGUGAAAUUGUUUCAAGCACGGGCGGGCUCCCUCUAGCUAUUGAAGUGAUAGGUUCAUUGCUGAUGUCACAAUUGCUUAAGGGGAAAAACUCAGAAAUUUGGGAAGAAAUGAUGGAAAAGUUAAGGAAAGGACAUGAGAAAAAGAUUCUUGAGAAGUUGAGGAUUAGCUAUGAUGAUCUAGACAAAUAUCAUAAACAAAUUUUUCUCGAUAUAGCAUGCUUCUUUUCCAAUAAGAACAAGACCAACGCAAUUUAUAUGUGGACUGAUUGUCAAUUUUAUCCCAAAGAAGGAAUUGAAGUCCUCACCGAGAGGUGCUUGGUAAAAGUAUUGGACGAUGAUAAAUUUUGGAUGCAUGAUCAACUCAUAGCACUGGGAAGGCAAAUUGUCCGUGAAGAAAGUCAAGAUGACCUUGGAAAGCAGAGUAGAUUGUGGAUUGCGAAAGAGGCCCUUCAAAUCAUAAGAACUGAAGAGAGGUUGGACAAGGUUCAAGCGCUUAAGUUAAAUGGACAAGAUGGCUUCAUAAAUAUCACAAAUGAAGACGUUGAAAGGUUACCAAACCUAAGGGUGGACAAUAUGUUUUUGGAUCAUCUUGUUGUUUUCAAACUUCACAUGAACAACUUCAGUGAUGAUUCGAAAGCAUGGGAUUUGAUCAAGGGGAGGCGUCGGGGCUGCUCAGGCUGGCUCGCGGAAGAACCGGCAGCGGUGGGUGGUAGCGAGGACGACGAGAGACGGCUAAGAGUGGUGGCUGAAGGCUGGAUGGCAGCUGGUUAUAGCAGAACAGCGGUAGCUGCAGUAAACGUCGGUAACACCAGCUCGGGCGGCAGAAAACAGGGGAGCAGUAAGCUGUGGCUGCUCGGGCUUCCCGAUGCUGCUGUGGCGACGAUGGUGGCUUGGGAUGGUGGUGGAUGGAAGAUGAGAAGGUCGGAGGAGCUUCCGUCCUCUAACUGGAGUUGGAGAAAUUUGUCGACUUUAGUGAUCGGUUGGUGUGAAGUGGAAGACAUUCCACUGGAGGGAUUUACACGACUGGAGAAAUUAACUGUUAGCCGUUGUCAACAGCUUCAGAGAUUAUCCAUUCCUUGGGAAUUAAGGAAGCUACGGGAAGUGUAUGUGUAUGGUUGUCCAGAGCUAGUUGAGAUACAAAUUGUGGGUCUUUCGAAAUUAUUGGAAUGCUUGAGCGUCCAUGAGUGCGAAUCUCUGGCAAGAAUAUGCGGGUUAUCAUACUUGAAGAACCUGGAGAAACUGAGAAUCCACGGCUGCGGCGUACUUACUAAUUUCGAGGGCCUUGACGAGCUAGAGUCUCUGAAAUCUUUGGCGGUUACUAGUUGCAAAGAAUUGACAUGGUUGAUUGAUGCAUCGUGCACAAACAUACCAGAUGAUUGCGUCGUCAGAAUAAAUAAGUGUGGAGACGCCAUCAAAGAUUGUGAAUCUCUAUAUGAUAUUGGAAUGUCCUUAAAGCGUUAUAGAGAGGAGAUUCUUUCGAACAUAUCAAACAAGACGGGACUUUCCUUCGCAAUCAGAUUCCACCUUGGGGUAAAGAGGUCUAGUGACGGUUUUGAGUUCGUUGGUGGGAUAAAGAGGGAAAACGAAGAUGUCGCCCCAGGUUCAGUGACACAUAAAGGAUUGAUUGCCGACGUUAAAUGUUUCGGCUUUCGUUUGAAGAGAAUGUGGUACACGGCGCCUGGUACAUACCACAAGUUGCUCAUAGAGGUCAAGAGUGAUGAGCAAGUGAAGGGAAUGGUGCUACUUGCAUCUAAAAGGGGAUCAAUUCAUCUGUACGUCGAGGGAGGUGUUGACAGUGAGUGGGAGGGAGAGUACGAUGACGAGAUGAUGGAGAUGUUAAGGGAGGAAUGGGCAAUGAGGACUGAUGUGUAUUCUGACGAGGAUGGGCCUGAGUGGGACGUUCCAAAUCCUGAUGAAGACGCCGACUCUGCAUCUGUUGGUGAAAGCGAAGCUGAUGGCACCUCCUCCAUUGAUGAUUUCCGGUCAGAGCCAGGCAAUGCUGAAUGUGUCGAGGCCACAGGAAAUAGGAGGCAAUCGAGGGGUGGAAGGAUUGGGUACCCCGGCCGUGUCGAUGAAGGGAAAGCGGUGAGUAUGGAAAAUAGAAAGGAGGAGAAGGAUGACAGUGGGGAACCCGCCAACCAAAAUGAAUUCGUUCGGUCGAGUUGCCAAAGGUGUGAAGGAGUUGAACAUCAGGAUAGCUCUUGCAAAGCUACAACUGAAUUUGAGGAUGAAGGGGCCCUUUCUUCUCUAAUGGUCGAGGAGAAGACAGAGAGUACUGUGGAGAACACCUACAAAAACGGGAAGAGGAAGAGGGACCGGACGUGCUUCCAACCCAGGAAGGAAUCGAAGGAAGGCUUGUAG